AAGUACCGGACGCUGCUUUCUGGGGCUAGAGUGGAGAGGCUAGCAAAGGAGAGCACCCGCGUGAUAAUGCAAGUUGAAUAGCUACUAAACUCAAAAGUCAUGAAAGAAGAAAACUCCCUUUCAUUCCUGUACUCAUCUAUUCAUUUCCCCUCCCUGGAGGCCACCCAUAGAUAUCACCAAUUCCUUGUGUGUGCUAAAGUAUUGCUAUGGACAGCAGCCAUCAACAUAAUUAUAAACUCAAUAAAACUGAGAAGAAGUUCUUAAGGAAACAGAUUAAAGCCAAGCAUACUUUGCUGAGACAUGAAGGCAUUGAGACAGUAUCCUAUGCCACUCAGAACCUGGUUGUUGCCAAUGGUGGUUUGGGAAAUGGUGUGAGUAGGAGACAACUGCUCCCAGUUUUAGAGAAAUGUGGACUGGUGGAAGCUCUCUUAAUGCCACCCAACAAGCCCUACUCAUUUGCAAGAUACAAUACUACAGAAGAAUCCAAGAGAGCCUAUGUUACUCUCAAUGGAAAAGAAAUAGUGGAUGAUUUAGGACAAAAGAUCAUUCUGUAUUUGAAUUUUGUGGAAAAAGCACAGUGGAAAGAGAUGGGGCCUCAAGCCUUACCACCAGGCCUCAUGGUAAUAGAAGAAAUAAUUUCUUCCGAGGAUGAGAAAAUGCUUUUGGAAAGUGUUGAUUGGACAGAAGAUACAGAUAAUCAAAAUUUUCAAAAAUCCUUAAAACACAGAAGAGUAAAGCAUUUUGGUUAUGAAUUUCACUAUGGGAGCAACAAUGUAGAUAAAGAUAAGCCAUUACCUGGGGGUCUUCCUGACAUUUGUAAUAGCAUUUUGGAGAAAUGGUUGAAGGAAGGUUACAUUAAACAUAAACCUGAUCAAUUGACCGUAAAUCAGUAUGAACCUGGACAUGGAAUUCCUGCUCAUAUUGACACACAUUCUGCUUUUGAGGAUGAGAUCAUUUCUCUCAGUUUGGGGUCAGAGAUUGUCAUGGAUUUUAAGCACCCAGAUGGUGUCACAGUGCCAGUUAUGCUGCCUCGUCGGAGUCUGCUAGUGAUGACAGGAGAAUCUAGAUACCUUUGGACCCACGGAAUCACACCCAGAAAAUUUGAUACUGUUCAAGCAUCUGAGGCUCACAAAAGUGGAAUUAUCACCAGCAAUCUUGGAGAUUUAACUUUAAACAAGAGGGGAAUACGGACAUCAUUUACAUUUAGGAAAGUGAGGCAAACACCUUGUAACUGUAGUUACCCUUUGGUCUGUGACAGCCAGAGGAAAGAGUCUCCUCCCUCAUUUCCAGAGAAUGAUAAAGAGGCCUCACAGCUGGAGCAAGAGCACGUCCAUCAAGUUUAUGAAGAGAUUGCCAGGCACUUCAGCAGCACGAGACACAGCCCAUGGCCGCUCAUCGUGGAGUUUCUGGAGGCUUUGCCAAGUGGUUCAAUAGUGGCUGAUAUUGGAUGUGGGAAUGGAAAGUAUCUUGGCAUCAAUAAGGAGUUAUAUAUGAUGGGUUGUGAUCGUAGCCAAAACCUUGUGGACAUUUGUAGAGAGAAGCACUUUCAGGCCUUUGUCUGUGAUGCGCUGGCAGUACCAGUCCGCAGUGGGUCUUGUGAUGCCUGUAUCUCCAUUGCUGUUAUUCACCAUUUUGCAACAGUAGAACGUAGGGUGGCAGCUCUCCAAGAACUUGUUCGACUCCUGAGACCUGGUGGGAAGGCACUCGUUUACGUCUGGGCGAUGGAACAAGAAUAUAAAAAGCAGAAGUCCAAAUAUCUUAGAGGAAACAGAAUUAGCCAAGAAAAGAAAGAGGAGAUAAACAGCGAUGCCUCAGUGCAAGGGUUGCAUGUGGAGCAAAUGCCUGACAUGGGCACUCAAGACUCAGUAUCUUCUGUCCCCUCCAUUAAUGACUCUCAGGAGGGAGGAUGUGAUUCAAGGAAAGUUACAAAUUCCAAGCUGCCUGUUCAUACUAACAGGACUACUUUUCAUUCUCAAGAUGUACUGGUUCCCUGGCACCUUAGGGGAAACCCUAAUAAAGACAAACCUGUUGAGCCAUUGGGUCCAGUAGGGUCCCAUGACCCAAGCCCAGUGUUUCAUCGUUACUACCAUGUGUUCCGUGAGGGAGAAUUGGAAGCUGCCUGCCAGACUUUGAGUAAUGUCAGCAUCCUGCAAAGCUACUAUGAUCAGGGGAACUGGUGUGUGAUUCUCCAAAAGAUCUGAUUAUUUACAUGAACGUAUCAUAUAUAAAGAAGAAAUGCUCA